GACAGUUCGUUUACUUCCGGUAAAACUUGCACGUGAAGACCAAAUCUUGCAUGUGUUUUUGUUUUGACGUCAAUUUUAUAAUAAGUAACAUAUGCAGAAUGCUACAUGCAUAUAUAUGACAUGAGACUGGGAUGCUUAUCAAAUCACAGUCGCUGUUUAGUAUUCGACAAGUGUUAUUGAGGUUUUCCAGCUCAAGACCAGCGGAAUUCUCCGAUGUAAACAAGUGGAUAUCAAAGGUGGACAAUAUGCCGAGAAUAAAAGUCGAGAGGAAACUUCGCCAUGUGAAGUAUCGAGAGAGAAUGGGAGACAAGCUCAAGGCUCCUUCAUUCGUAAAUGUUGUUGUAAUCGGGAGUGGAGGGAGAGGUAGUCCACGCUCUGUCAUUAUUGAUACAAGCAUAUCUAAGUAUCUCUUUAAUUGUGGAGAAGGAACUCAAAGAAUUGCAAAUGAGCACAAGGUAAAACUUGCUAAACUGGAAAACAUUUUCAUCACAUACAAGAGUUGGGACAAUAUUGGAGGAUUACUAGGUAUGUCCUUGACCCUCGAUGGUAUCAAUGUUCCGAAGAUCAACAUACAUGGAGCUCCUGGAGUGGAGAAUAUCACCAAGUCCUACAAAAACUUUACAGCUGCUUACACUACCAUUGCUCAACUAGAGAAAAGAGAACUGAGUGAGGGUGAUUUUUCCGACUCUGCAAUAAAGGUAGAGUACAUACCUCUAUACAACAGGGAGACACCAGGGGAUGCCACCAGUUGGGACCACACCAAGGAUGGAGAAGAGGCUGUUGCUGACGAGCCAGAAACGAAGAGACCAAGGUCAUUAAAGGAUGUGGAUGACAUAGCAGUGGCUUACUUGUGCCAGCUUCAUCCACGGAAAAGGAAGAUUAACUUGGAAAAAUGUGUUGAUCUUGGAAUAAAGACGGGACCGUGCUUGGGACAGCUGGUGGAAGGCCAUUCCGUGACGCUGGAUGACGGCAGAGUGGUUCAUCCAGAUCAGGUCUUAAACCCAGAGGAGAAGAAACAGCAAAUACUGGUUGUGGAGUGUCCACACACUGGGUUCCUGGCACCACUGACGUCCUGCUCCCGACUACAAGAGCUGCAGAGUUCCGACAGUGUGGAGGUGAUUGUGCACAUGUCCCCAGCAGACAUCAUACAGACAGAGCACUAUCAACAGUGGAUGCACAGAUUUGGAUCGACUACACAGCAUAUUAUCAUCAACAGCACCAACUCGGAUGUUUCCCAUCUAGAGCUGUAUUCAAUACAAGCCAAGUUAAACCUACUCCAUCCCACAAUAUUCCCGCUAUUGCCUCAGUUCAUGGCUCCGACACAGCCUGGAGUGGAUGAUGCAUCAGAUUCUCACCCAUUCACGGUCAGGGGCCACACGUGUCUCAAGUAUCAACUGCGGCCAAAGAAUGAACUCUGCAGAGACCAGUGUUUCCAGCUGGACAGAGAACAGUUUGUGAAGGAGGCGAUGGACAUGCCCAAUGUCCCACAGUUGAUAGAGGAUGUUAACAGUAGGCUAAAACAACAAUCCACAGAUGGAUCAAAAUACCCAGAGGUUGUUUUCUUAGGUACAGGUUCCGCUAUCCCGAGUAAGCCAAGGAACGUUAGUUGUAUACUGAUUCACUUAAGCGAGGAAACUGCUGUCGUUCUGGACUGUGGUGAAGGAAGUGCUGGCCAGUUGUAUCGUCACUAUGGUGACCUGACCGACGACGUCCUGUGCAAGAUCAAGGCUGUCUUCAUAUCACACAUGCAUGCAGACCACCAUCUUGGGCUCUUUAGCAUUUUGAGUGAAAGGAGAAAUGUGUACAAGAAAAGAGGCCAGACUUCCCCCAAUCUAACUGUACUUGCGCCGAGGUACAUGAGACGAUGGCUGGAGUUCUACAGCAAUAAUGUGGAGGCAUUCACAGACCACCUAACCCUAAUCCCUCUGCAGGAAAGCAACCAGCAGUGGCAGAAACUGAAUGCUGUCAAGACGGAGCUGCAGCUCAGUGAGUUUAUCCCUGUGGAGGUGGAUCAUUGCCCCAAUGCAUUUGGCGUGGCCCUUGUCCACAAAGAUGGCUGGAAGAUUGUAUAUUCCGGAGACACCAUGCCCUGUGGACGCCUCGUGACAGCAGGUCAAGGUUGUGACCUGCUGAUCCAUGAAGCCACGAUGGAUGAUGAUCUGGAAGAAGAGGCUAAGCACAAAUGUCACAGCACCACUUCACAAGCUAUUGGCAUAGGACACCAGAUGGAGGCCAAGUUCACCCUGCUGACCCACUUCAGUCAGAGAUAUGCCAAGUUACCAUUAGUCAGUGGAAAGUUCACCGAUAAAGUGGGCUUCGCAUUCGACAAUAUGAGGGUAACCUUGAGUGAUCUCCCGUUGCUGCCUCUCUUCACGGAGGCAAUGAAAGCUAUAUUUGCUGAUCACUACAAUGACAUGGAAGAAAAAAGCAGAAAGAAGAUGAGAAAGAAAAUCCUCAUAAAAGACCUAAUGGCGAAUGCAAGUACAUCAGAAGCGGAGGAGCCAAAGACAGAUGACAAAAAGGCCCCGGAGAUAUCUGAGCCAGCUGAAGAAGAGUCCCACUCUGUUGUGCAAACAUAGCUUAGCACUCAGUAGGGAGCCCGCUGGGAUCUGAUUGAGAUUCUCCGAUUUUAAAUGGGAGAGGGAAACAUCCUCUCGCAAAGACACAAAUGGACAUCAGUGAGUCAAAUCAAUUACUAGCAUUCAUCCAAGUCGAGCUCAUGCUCUGUCAUGUCUGUAUCUAGGUUUGUAUGUUACAAGUCCAAGUUUUCAAAGAUCCAUCAGUCUUGGAAUCCUUUAAUACUGUUACACAAGAUGUGAUGAUUUGAUCUCGUUAGGAUAGGGAUUUGUCUUUGUAGAAUGGGUGACCUGUGUUGAACCAUUGACAUUGGAGUGCUUCGUAAUUGAAUCUAAAUAGAACACUGUACAGGGAUGAUGUGUACAUAUAUUUCUCAAUGCAAUAAAAUAAGA